AUGAAUCUUUUAUCGUUAAAUAUCAGGGGUUUUGGGGUGGAUAGAAAAGUCGCUUGGAUUAAGGAGAUCAAGGUUAGAGAAAAGGUGUCGUUUAUGGCGUUCCAGGAAACUAAUCGUUCGGAUAUCCCCGAUUCGGAUGUGGACCGUUUUUGGGGUAGUUCAGGCUGGGUUAGGGAAGUUGUGAAUCCCGUGGGCAGAUCCGGGGGUCUUCUUUGCCUCUGGGACCCAGGUAUGUUCCGUCUUAAUUCGGUGGUCAAAGAUCCCAAUUUUAUUUUACUUGCUGGAAACGUUAAAGGUAGAGUGGAGGAGGUUUUUAUUCUCAACGUUUAUGCGCCGCAAAAAACGGUAGACAAGCGUGCCUUGUGGCUUCGUAUCCUGUCUGCUAAAUCGGUUAGGGUUGGGCUGUGGAUUGUGGCAGGGGAUUUUAAUGUUGUUCGUGGGGCGGAAGAACGGAAAAACUCUAGGUUUAAAGCCCGGUGUGCUAGAGAUUUUAACCAAUUUAUCCAUGAUGCCGAUUUGUGUGAUUUUGAGUUAAAAGGAAGUAAAUUUACUUUCAUGGUGGAAGAUUUUGCUGGUGUUGUGGAAACGGCUUUGGUGGAUUUUUGUGUGGAAGGUCCCCCGGACCUUAUUCUUACUCUUAAAUUGAGACAUCUUCGCGAAAAAAUUAAGGAGUGGAGAGAUGAUAUUAGAACAAGGGAAGAUGAGGAGGAGGAGUUAGCUAAAUUGGAAGUUGAGAAGCUGGAGGAGGAGAUGGAAGUUAGGGAUCUUACAGAGGAAGAAGAGUGGGUCAGAUUGGAAGGAAAGAAAAAAUUGUUAGAGUAUGAGUAUUUCAAGGCGAAGGAUCUAAAGCAAAGGUCGAGAGUUAGGUGGGCCUCAGAUGGGGAUGAUAAUUCUAAAUUUUUUCAUGGUAUAAUUAAUAAACGCAAGGCCUCUAAUGCUAUUCCCGGGUUGUUCGAUAAGGAUGAGUAG